CCAAAUUGAAAUUGAAAUUGCCAACCAAAACCGGAGUUACCAGAGGUCUUUGAAGAUGAAAAAUAAAAAAUGUUUACUUUUCGUUUUCGCUAAAACUAUUUAGCGCACCUGUUGCUCUUAAUUUUUGUCUUAUUUUUUUCAUUACAAAAUAAAUAUUAUAUUAUUGGAAAGUCGAGUUAAUUUAUAGCUUUUCUUAGUUUCUUAUUCAUGGUACAUGAUGUUCCAAAUAUUAAUAAUAACAUCGUUAGUAGCAUUGGCGGCUGGAAGCAGCUCCUGUCCUCCGGCAUUUAGCAAUAAGUGUAUUUGUGGAAGACAAGAUUACUCUGGAGAUCAUUACGUGGUCAACUGCUCGUAUACGGGAUUCACAGAUGCUUCCAUGCUGCAGAGACUUCCCCCUGAAACUGAGGUUCUCAUAUUCAGAGGUAACAAUGUAUCAGAAUUACCAGUGAACAUAUUUGGGAUUCAUAAUAAUACUAAAUUGAAGAUUGUAGACAUGACUGGUAACCAUAUUAAAUUGAUAAGAGGGAAAACGUUUCAUCAUGUGUCGAAUGUUCAACGUUUGAUAUUAAAUCACAAUGAUAUUUCCAUAUCGUCAGACAAUCCUACGGAGCACCAUCCAAGAUUAUUUUCUAAUUUUGAAAAUCUGGAAGAGCUCCACCUGACUGAUGCUUUUGCUGACAACACUCCAGAAGAUCUAGCAGCCGAUUUGCAUGACAUUUUUGUUUCAAGCGAGCUGAAAAAGCUGAAAAAAUUGCAUUUGGAACAAAAUGAAAUUUUUCAAUUUGAUGACGAACAAGUAUUCUGUGAUUUGCCUAGUCUGGAGGAUCUGCAUAUUGGCCAAAACAAUCUACAUGGUGUGAGCUUCAAUAUAACGUGCAUGAAAAAUUUACGCUUCAUCGAUCUGGAAAGCAAUUCGAUCUACACUUUGACGCCAAAAGAGCGCGCUCGCUUGGACGAAGCGGUAACCAGCCGUCAACAUGACCUCGAAAUUGACCUCUCCAACAAUCCUCUGUCCUGUAACUGUGAGGACAUUUACAACUGGUUGAACUCUACCAAAGUCGACGUACGAAACAAGAACAAACUGCACUGUGUACAGAGCAACCAGUACAAACUACCCGAGUGCAAUGCCAAAUUGAUCAAAAUGCAGCCGCUGAUCAUCGAUAGCAACAGCUAUUUUCUGACCUCUCUAUUGUUUUUGUCUCUAUGCGCAUCGUUAGCUUUGAACAUUUACUCGCACAGAAGCCGUAUCGAACAAACUCUGGUUCCUGCAUUCCAUUCAGUCACCAAAAAAGUUCACUACACUUCUAUAACAAAAAGCGAAUUGCCUGAAAUGGAUGUUUGAACAAUAUCAGCAUAAUAUUAGUAGGCAGGAGACUUGAGAUGUGUUGUCCUGGAAAUGUUUAGAGCUUUACCUUUAGACAACCCCAUCCAUUGACGGCUUGAAUGAUAUAUUCUGGCAAGGUGGAACUUCCGUCAGGAACUCCCCACCAAUAAAAGCCUUUCGAAUAUUAUAUUAUUAGGAUAAUACUAUUCUCUUUCCCGGUUCAAUAUUUCACUAGAUGGUUUCAGACUCAUUGUAAGAAGCUGUUUCUAUUUGGCAAUGGUUCACAUUUAGCCAUAUGUUGCCCUCCACUACUGGAAAAAUUGCUCAAAGUGAAUCUGAGACCGUUCAUCAGGUACACUCUAAUAAUCUUUAACUUUAGCUCUAUUUAAGAGCUCUGCUCCGUGACAACACAUCUCUAGUGACAGUAUGAUGUAUCCUUGAUACAUUUGUGAUAUAUUCUAUAUACAUUGGUAUUAUCUAACACUACAUGGUGUUCAGGACGUCUUUUAAACUGGAAUCUAUUGAUAUUAUUUGUUUACUCUCUUGCCAACUUACAUUGAGAAACUAAUGAGUUAUGUAGCUCGUACCUUAUCAUUCUAAUUCAAGGAUAUGUUAUUGAAUUAGACUCAAGGAUACUUUCAGUCGGACUCAUCAACUAUUUAAGGCUGCUGAAUAUAGUAUUGUGGACUUUUUAUUUUUAAAACUUACUAAUGACAUUAAUGAUACUAACACUGCAUUUAUAUUGUAUUAUACUGUGAUAAGAGUAAACAAUUUAUGAUGGAUUACAGUUUUAUUGAACUGUAAUUAUUCCGUCCUUUAAAAAUGAUAUUGUAAUGAUUCUAUUCCAUGUGAUUUUACAAAUACUUUAAACACUGUUUUAAAAAAUGAUAUUGUAAUGAUUCUAUUCCACAUGGUUUUACAAAUACUUGAAGCAUUAUUUUA